UGGUGGACCGAGGUGGAAAGAGAGAACUGUACUUCGAAGCAUCCCGGUUAGGGGCGCUACACCCUCGACAACAUGGCUGUCGCGGCUUAACAAACCCCCGUGCGAGUCUUGACACAUCCGGACAUUCGUGUGUCGUGUGUUGCUCAGGGAUUGCAGCCAUUCGCGCGAACAAAAACAUCACGUGAGUACAACAAACAACGGCGAUAAUCUCGCUCCAACAUUCGCGGAUACGAAAAUUUGUGAAAGAAAACGCUACCGGAAAAUAUUCGAAUGGAAACAGUGUUAUCCGACAAGACCACGAAGACGAAGAAAUUUGUCAAACUGGCGCCUUUUAAGCUUCGUUUCUCAAAGAUGCUGAAGUCGCGGAAUUCCGACAAUAGUCGCAGCAAUAGUGUAGAAUUUGAAGAACAGCAACAACAAAUUAAUCAAUCAUUGCCGUCGGGUACAAACGAGUUUAUAGAUGCACCUGAAGCGGAAACGGACAAGAAUUGUUUGUCGAUUAGAAAAGAACAGAUGAUACCCAACUCGCCUCCGCCUUCGUAUGAACACGUCCUUGAAGAGACACGAAUGGAAUCGUCAGCCAUUGCACUACGAGAGACAAAGGAGGAAGACGAGAAGAAACGGGCUCUCAGUAAAGAAAAGAGCAUGGAGAACGCUGAGGACGGUGAUGGGGAUGAUGAUGACAAUGGCGGUCCUGGAGGUGGGGACAAAAAAGCAGCCAAAACACCCAAGAUACUUCACAAAUCGAGCAAAGAAUUCUACAAAGCAAUGGCCAAACAGUGGGGCAUAACUUGCAAAAUGAGUGAUCAUUGUAGAUGUCUAGAUUGUCAGAGCCAUUACUUUGACUGCGACUAUGAGAAGGGUGAAGAUAAGGGUGACGGCGGCCUCAGCGCCGGUACGCCGAUGUUCAUCUCCGAGGUGAUGCACGGCACUGCCUGCGCUCUUCUGUAAACCGACAUUUCUUCCGGUUCCGUUUUUUCUCUCAACGGGCCAGACAUCUACCUGAUUAUAACACGCACAAAAUGGCAAGCGGCGCUAAAAAAAACGGCAAGGAAAUAUCGACGAGAGCCUCAUGUCACACAAAUAUGUAUAAUGCAUUUAUAUAUUUUAUUAUGUAUAAAAUAUCUAAUGCUGCGCAAAGAGAGGGAAAGACACUCUGGUGCAUUUCGCCACUCUUAUUUUCUUAGCAUUCGAUAUAAACCUGUGUGUAACUAUCUAUGAUUGUACUACACAUAUUGCGAAAUAUUAGACGACAUAGGCCGUUUGCGAAAUUAUCUUCGACAUUUGUGACAACCACGUUGACAUUCUCAACGCGAGUUAUUUAUUUUUAUUGUGACUGGCUCGUAAAGACUAAUUGUAGAGAGAGAGCACGUUGAUUAUUAUAGCGUCUGCUUUAUUACUAUCAAUUGUGUUGCGCUCAUUUCAAUUGGAAUUUUACAAUAGAGCUAUGAUGGAUAUGAAAGAAUGAAUACGACAUCCUGAUCCAUCACUUCAAAAUUGUUGCGUUUUGAACUGUCAUUAUUUGAAAGUCUGACGAUGAUAUAUCUUAUAAUUUUGCAAAAUAUAUAUAUUCUCAUAUAAAUUUCUAUAAUAUUUGGAUAUUUUUCUCUUGGGUUUGAAGAUACAAGGAAAUAUAUACAACUUAAACGAGCUCGAAAAAAUUAAAAACUAUGCCAAUUUUAUUUAACAAAUAUAACAAAAAAUAUAUGCUCUAUGAUUGGCAUAUGUUUUAACAUAUUAUAUGAUGUGCUAUAUAAAAGAAUUUGGUCUGCACAUGCACUACGCCAUGUAAUACGCCAGCUUUAUCAUUGACCAAUGUAUUGGCAUAUUAGGUAGAAUGGUAUCACACACACACACACACACACACACA